GCAACAGGCGGCAACCUACCACUGGGCAGGGGCCUCGGGCAACAGGUGGCAAUCUACCACUGGGCAGGGGUCUCGGGCAACAGGCGGCAACCUACCACUGGGCAGGGGCCUCGGGCAACAGGCGGCACACUGGGCAGGGGCCUUGGGGACUCAACGGGUCGGUGCACACAGCGGGGACAGUUCAGAACACGGGUGGUCAGUGCACACAGCAGGGGCAGUUCAGGACACAGGUCGUCAGUGUGCACAACAGGGACAGUUCAGAACACUCAUGGUAAGCAGCUUGCAGACCCUCAGCGGCAGGCGGCUCCAGACAGGGACGACCAGCGGUCAGCGUUCCAGGGACAACCAGCGAUCAGCAGACAGCAGCAGCUCCCAGGGCACUCAGCAGCAGACAGCUUCCAGGGACACGCAGCCAUGGAUAGUGUGCAGGGUCCCUCAACAGCAGCUCCCAGGGCACACAGCAGCAGACAG